AUCUUAUAUUAUGAUGACGUCCGGUGAAAGGUCCAUGGCGAAGCUCAAAGUUGCUCUAUACGACAUCAAGCCCGUCAUCAAUCUCGACGCUGAUCGAAUGGCGCGAUUGCAACUUCUCGAUUUCACGCGUCGACCGGCAUCCGCGCCUAAUACGGAAAAUAACAGCCAAAUCCCGUCUGUGUUCAGGCUAUCGUCGCCAUCCGCAUAUCUCAGUCGCAUGGACAUAAGCACCGGAGAUGCUGGCAACCUUAAAGGCUUCUUAACUGGGUUCACAGCAAUGAACGCAGCCCACGAAAGCCUUCUGCAAGCCAGCGCCUUGGUCGAACGCGCCCCGCGUCAACGCGGAAAACUUCCCAAACCGGUCACCGACUACUUGAAAGAGUGGUUUCAUCGACACUCGGACCAUCCGUACCCCACCGAGGAAGAGAAGAAUGUGCUCUGCGCUGCAACCGGUCUGAGCAUGUCGCAAGUCAACAAUUGGAUGAUCAACGUAAGCCCUACAACCCGCAACUCGAUGAUGCAAACGAUUAAGCCUUCGCCGGUAUAG